CCGACCCAGCAAGGGAGCGUUACGAGUUACGAAUCUCUCGCUGUUCAAAUUCUGUUUGAAAUUUGAAUUUUCUUGCUCAAACUGGAUACCUCUCUUUAAUGGUUCAGUGAGAUCUGAGUUUUUGGCAUGUUAGUUCCUUAGAUCCCAGGAAAGCCGAUCAAGUUCAUGAGAUUGUGUUGGAAUUACAAAGGAUCAUUAACACAUGAAGAAACUGUUCUUUUUUAAAUCUUCUGCGUCUAGCAGUGGGAACAAUAGUGCAGUUCCCCCAAGACCCACAAAUAAGCAAAUAUGCUGGGAGAACUCGUCAGAAAGUGGAUUAUAUGGUCAGGCUCUUGGCAGAGCCGAGGAUAGCUUCCAGAGUCCAACGGGAUUGUUCUCUAAAUCCCAUAAGCAUGCAGAUAGCCAGGGUUCAGGUAGUGGGCCAAGACUUAGAAGGAGCAGGUCUUUGUCAACAGCAGCCUACCAAGUGAAAGAUCAUAGUAGGUCUCCUAGUUUCAUUUCAGGUGAUCAAUAUCAUCAGUGUGAGAAUUCUUCUCAAGAUUUCUUAGUUUCUUCCUGCUAUCAGACUCUUACUCCUGAGAAGCAAAGGCAGUCACCUAUCCACAUUUCACAUGGAACUGAGAGGCCUGGCUCAGCUUGCUCUUCAAGGUCUCAUAAUGAUUCAUCUGGGAACUCCUCCACUUCUUCUAGCAACAUUUCAAGUAAGAUUGUUGACCGUUAUAUUGAUGGAGAGCAGCAGCCAGAAAAAAGCAGGUCAAGGAAAAAUUUACAGAAAAUUUAUGGUGAAAAUGGAAAUCAUGGUAUGAAGCUCCCUCCAAAAAUUCAGUACACAGCGCCUAAUUCACCAACUGAUGGUGGUGCUAGAUAUAAACCAAGAGCUCAUUCAUUUAGAGAAGCUAAAGGCGCUGAUAUUCACUUUUCAUCCAAAGACUGGAAAGAAAAUGGGUUUGGCCAUGAAUCUCCUCGGAGCCUCGCAAAAAAUGUCAUUGAGAGACUUUCUCAGUUUCAUUCUUUCUCUAAAAUCACUUCAAAAGAGGUUGGUCUUGAUAAUCCAAUUACAGUUGAAGAUGUAUUUGCUAGAUCUGUAAAUGAAGGCUGUGAGUCAGAUCCAGAUGAGGCUCUUCCAAAAGGUUAUUCUUUUGAUAAACCUCACAGAAUGGCAGGUGGUUAUCAUAGCAUUGACGAUCAAAGAUUCCAGAAACAUGAUGUCUCUGCAGCAGCCAACUGUGACGGCUUAAGCUAUGUUGUCCUUGAAGAGGAUGUUGAUGCAGAGCUACAAAGACGAUUAAAGGAAGUCAAAGAGAGAGUUACUCUUUUUUCGAAGGAAUUUGAAAGAGAAUGCUUUCUUCUUGACAGUGGUUUUGAUGUGUCUGUGUUGGUUCAGACAAUCAGAAACCUAGAAGAGGAGAGGUUAAGUUUGGCAAUGGAAGUUUCAGGCCUUCUUCAGUCUCGCAUUGCUGAAAGGACAUCUGCUAAGGAAGAACUUAGAUCCUUAAAGGAAGAAUCGGGGUUACAGGCUCGACGGCUAGAAAAGGAAAAGAAUGAGAUACAGUCAGGAUUGGAGAAGGAAUUGGACAGAAGGUCAAGCGACUGGUCACUUAAGCUCGAGAAGUGUCAGCUGGAAGAGCAAAGGCUUCGUGAACGUGUUAGAGAGCUUGCUGAGCAUAAUGUAUCGCUACAAAGGGAAGUCUCAUCCUUUAGUGACAGGGAAACAGAAACCAAAAAACUAAUAAUUUGUUCUGACCAUCAACUCAAGGAAAUGACUGAAAAGAUGGAAGAAAUGAAAGAGCAAAAUUUGUAUUUUCAACAAAAUGUCUUAGAAUUACAACAGAAGUGUAAGAUAGUAGAAGAGAAAAGGGACAUUUACCGAAGAAAUUAUGAAGAGAAGGAGAAGGAAUGUAAAGAGUUACACAAAUCCAUCACAAGAUUACUAAGAAUAUGCAGUGACCAAGAGAAGACAAUCACGGGGUUGCGAGAUGCAUUUAGUGAGGACUUGAAGAAUCCUUCUAUGGAGAGGGUGGAGAAGCAUGUUGCAAGAAUGCAAAUGGAGCAAAUGAGGUUAUCGGGUGUAGAAAUGGCCUUGAGAAGGGAGUCAGAGUCUUAUAGGAUUGAAGCAGAUUCUCUUCGCCAAGAAAAUAUAACUCUACUAAACCGCUUAAAAGGGGAUGGGAAAGGAAUUGUUGCUGCUACUUAUAAGCUAGAUAAAGAGCUGUUGGCCCGUAUUUAUUGUCUGCAAAAUCAAGGCCUGACAAUGCUAAAUGAAAGCUCCGACCUAUGCUCAAAGUUGUUUGAAUUUAUCAAAGGGACGGGAGGUCAGCUUCUUCAAGAUUCACGGCAGGAAAUGGAAGUGAAAAGAAAUGGUCUAGAUGGGCAAUUUAUUGUUGAAUCUGAAAGUAGAAUUCAGAGUCUUAAAAGUGGAAUUGAAAGCUUAACUAGGAGUUUGCAGAUGAUGUCGGGUUUGGUUGCUGAAAAGUCAAGUUCAUUGACAACUAAAUUUCAGUCACAGUUUAUUGAUCCUGAUAAACUAGCUAAAUUGAAUGAUCAAUCAUCUGAGGAUAUGAUAAAAACUGAACUUAAAGCAGAAUGCUUGCUUACAAGUCUGUUAAGAGAGAAGCUAUACUCGAAAGAGCUCCAAGUUGAGCAGCUGCAAGCUGAACUUGCUACAGCAGUAAGAGGAAAUGACAUACUUAAAUCUGAGGUACAAAAUGCACUAGCCAACCAUUCAUGUGUCAACCAUAAGUUGAAGGACCUUGAACUUCAGAUGUUGAAGAAAGAUGAGAACAUAAGCCACCUCCACAGUGAUCUGAAGGAAUCUAUGAAAGAAUUAGCAAUCGUUAAGGGAAUAUUGCCCCAAGUAAGCGAGGAGAGAGAUCGCAUGUGGGAACAAGUGAAGCAAUAUGCCGAGCAGAAUAUGCUAUUGGACAAAGAGAUCAAUGGCUUGAGGAAGAAGAUAGAGGUCCUUGAUGAAGAUAUACUUGUAAAGGAAGGUCAAAUAACAAUAUUAAAAGACUCCCUUGGUAAAAAGCCCUUUGACCUCCUUGGGAGUCCUGAUUCUAUGCAUGAAUUUUUGCUUAACUGAUUGCUAUAAGCGCAUAUUUCUUUUUCAUAGGCCAACUCAUUAUACGUUGUUCAUAGUUCUAUACAUCAAUGAGGUUUUGAAGGUUCUUUUCUUGAGUUUA